UUUUGUUUUGCGACAGCCGCGCCGCGUUCAUCCGUUGGCAUGUGCUUUCGCGACGCUGCCAACGCAGAUUUUUAACCCAACCAGUACAGCCUUUUUAAUGUCUUGAUCAUGCUCGAGUGCUGUUUGACUUCGUGUGAGCAGCGGGGGCGUGUGGACGGCGACGGGAACAAGGUGUCUUACCAUGCACUGCCCAAGAACUCCCGCCGUCGCAAGCUGUGGCUGGCAGCACUGGGGGAGAAGCAGCCUUCGAACUGGACCAAAGCACGAAUCUGCUCGAGGCAUUUCAGAGACCAGGACUUUGUGCCAACUGCACAGCAUGGCCACAGGCUUCGCCCAACAGCAGGUGCCUCAGGCGUGCCUUCACAAUGAGCACGAUGGUACCGUUCAGUUGUACCGUGGCGAGACAGCAUCACCCAGCUCUGGUCCGGUGGUAACUGAGCCGAAAGACGAAGCGGAUCUGCUUUGGCGCAAGAACGAGGAGAUUGCACGCCUGAAAGACCAGCUGCAGAUGUCAGACAUGAUGAUUGAGAACCUACAGCAGCAGCUCUAUCGGCUGGAGCGCAAGUGCUUAGAACUCGAGGCAACGUCCAAGAAGUUCUGCCUCGAGACACUCAAGACGCUGGAGAAGUGGUGUGAGCUUGUCUAGUCACUGACUACUGUGCCACUCAUUUAUUCUUCCAUGAACUUUCCAGUUAUGUGAUGUGUGAGUGUGAUGGACUGCACAAGCGUGGUGCAAAGUUCAAUGCCUUCAUCGCUCUCUCCGUUGGCAAGGAACUUACUUUUGCUGCAUGCAGUGCCCCUGAGUGAUUGCACAGAUGAAGCACAUACUCAGGAUCUUUUAUUGUUACAAAUCUUUAUAACAAUAAAUUGUGUUCACGUUUUCAUUGCCA